GCCAGCUAGCAACAGCUUUGCGAGACGGAAAGAAGCCUAGCACGCGGAUCGUCAUUAUGGAUAUUAUCCUCCCUCCUCCCGGCACGAUUGAGCGGACUCAAGAGGCUAUGCUGCGCGUGCGAGAUCUUUCCAUGGCGCAAGCUUUCAACAGCCAAGAGAGAAAUCUAAUAGACUGGGAAGAACUGUUUGAAAGCGCGGAACCGAAGCUAGAGUUAGUGAGCUGGAAGCAGCCUCCUGGGAGUGCGAUGGCCGUGAUGGAAGUGAGCUUGGCCGAGUAGUAUGAACUACAUACACACUGAAAUACCUUGUAGUAGGCUAUAUGCUUAAGAGUAUUAAAUGUGGAUUUUAUAUCAUGUACGAGUUGUCAUCUAAGAUCUUCUCCACUAACAAUCGUCUAUGAUUAUCAGAUCAUGGCCUAAGCGAAGAAGAUCAAAAGAAAAAGAAGGCUGAAAAGAUAUAUAACUUUGAAUUAGGAAAUGAGACUAU